AUGCUACUUUGGAGUUUAUUCUUAAUCGUGUACGCUGCAUUAUGCAGUGCUAAGAACUUCUAUGAUAAUUCUCCGAAUAUUAUUGAAUUAACUGAGAACGACUUCGAUAAAGUUGUUCAUCAGACGAACUACACCUCGUUGGUGGAGUUCUAUGCACCUUGGUGUGGCUAUUGUAAAAAAUUGAAGGAUCCUAUGUUGAAAAUGGCGCGGAAGUUGGAUGGCUUUGUUCAGAUAACGGCUGUGAACUGUGAAGAACCUAAAAACAAGCGGCUAUGCAACAAGCAUCAAAUCCAAGGGUUUCCCACAUUGAUGGUUUUUAGGCCUCCAAAGAUUGAGCCAAGACUUUCAAAUAGUACUGCGAAAGAAUCAAAGCAUCUAUCUGAGAUUUACACUGGAGCUAGGGACCGGAAAUCUAUUGGUAAGUUUUGCGCGUCCAGGGUGAAGAACUAUGUGAGGAAGUGGAGGAGUGUAUUGCAGUUCAAGGACUUGAUUCUUGAGACAACGCCGUACAAAUAUAGCAUGUUGCUUGUCUCAAAAAAAGAGAGAUUGCCCUUAAUAUACAAGAGUUUGGCAAUUGACUGGUUAGGAGUAAUAGAUUUCCACUUUAUUAGUUGUAACAACUUGAAGGAUGCUGGAUUGACUGACCUAUCUUCUACCCCCAACAUUGAGAAUUACCUCCGCGGCUUGGCUGACUUUAGUUGUGACGAGAAUGAUUACGUACUAAUCGAUAAAGAGUUGGAUCAGGUGCACACAUUAGAGUUGAAGAGUUUCUCCAAAGAUAAGGUUUCUAAGUUCUUGACGAAUUUCGCUACCCCCAAGGAAGGUCCAUUUAGCGAGCGUGAUAAGUACCUUACUGAAUUGAAGAACGCUAACAGAAAGUCUCCUCUCGGUAAGAAAAAGAAUAAGAAAACCCCCAAGACGGAUCCCAAGAAAGCUCCCAAGAAUGAUCCCAAGAAAACCGUAUUGGAGAAUGAUGAACUGUGA